ACGGCCAUGGCGGGCUGGAUCCAGGCCCAGCAGCUGCAGGGGGAUGCGCUGCGCCAGAUGCAGGUGCUGUACGGGCAGCACUUUCCCAUCGAGGUCCGCCACUACUUGGCCCAGUGGAUCGAGAGCCAGCCCUGGGAUGCCAUCGAUCCAGAAAAUCCCCAGGACCAAGCCCAGGCCACCCAGCUCCUGGAGGGCCUGGUGCAGGAGCUGCAGAAGAAGGCGGAGCACCAGGUGGGGGAAGAUGGGUUCUUGCUGAAGAUCAAGCUGGGGCACUACGCCACGCAGCUGCAGAACACGUAUGACCGCUGCCCCAUGGAGCUGGUCCGCUGCAUCCGGCACAUUCUGUACAAUGAGCAGAGGCUGGUCCGAGAAGCCAACAAUGGUGCCUCUCCUGUUGGGAUGCUGGUUGACGCCAUGUCCCAGAAACACCUUCAGAUCAACCAGACAUUUGAAGAGCUAAGACUGGUCACGCAGGACACCGAGAACGAACUGAAGAAGCUGCAGCAGACUCAGGAGUACUUCAUCAUCCAGUACCAGGAGAGCCUGAGGAUCCAAGCUCAGUUUGCCCAGCUGGCCCAGGUGAACCCGCAGGAGCGUCUGAGCCGGGAGACAGCCCUGCAGCAGAAGCAGGUGUCCCUGGAGGCCUGGCUGCAGCGCGAGGCCCAGACGCUGCAGCAAUACCGCGUGGAGCUGGCCGAGAAGCACCAGAAGACCCUGCAGCUGCUGCGCAAGCAGCAGACCAUCAUCCUGGAUGACGAGCUGAUCCAGUGGAAGCGGCGGCAGCAGCUGGCCGGGAAUGGGGGGCCCCCUGAGGGCAGCCUGGACGUGCUGCAGUCCUGGUGUGAGAAGUUGGCCGAGAUCAUCUGGCAGAACCGGCAGCAGAUCCGCAGAGCUGAGCACCUCUGCCAGCAGCUGCCCAUCCCCGGCCCCGUGGAGGAGAUGCUGGCCGAGGUCAAUGCCACCAUCACAGACAUCAUCUCCGCCCUGGUGACCAGCACGUUCAUCAUUGAGAAGCAGCCCCCUCAGGUCCUGAAGACCCAGACCAAGUUUGCAGCCACCGUGCGCCUGCUGGUGGGGGGGAAGCUGAACGUGCACAUGAACCCCCCCCAGGUGAAGGCCACCAUCAUCAGCGAGCAGCAGGCCAAGUCGCUGCUCAAGAACGAGAACACCCGCAAUGAGUGCAGUGGAGAGAUCUUGAACAACUGCUGUGUCAUGGAGUAUCACCAAGCCACUGGCACCCUCAGCGCCCACUUCAGGAACAUGUCGCUAAAGAGGAUCAAGCGCGCUGACCGGCGGGGCGCGGAGUCCGUGACGGAGGAGAAGUUCACGGUCCUGUUUGAGUCUCAGUUCAGCGUGGGCAGCAAUGAGCUUGUGUUCCAGGUGAAGACCCUGUCCCUUCCUGUGGUGGUCAUUGUUCACGGCAGCCAGGACCACAAUGCCACGGCCACCGUGCUGUGGGACAACGCCUUUGCCGAGCCCGGCAGGGUGCCCUUUGCCGUGCCUGACAAAGUGCUGUGGCCGCAGCUGUGUGAAGCGCUCAACAUGAAAUUCAAGGCCGAAGUGCAGAGCACCGGGGCCUUGACCAAGGAAAACCUCGUGUUCCUGGCGCAGAAGCUGUUCAACAGCAGCAGCAGCCACCUCGAGGACUACAACAGCAUGUCCGCCGGCCGCCGGCCUGGGCCCAGUUCUCAGGAGAACUUGCCGGGCUGGAACUAUACCUUCUGGCAGUGGUUUGACGGGGUCAUGGAGGUGCUGAAGAAGCAUCACAAGCCCCAUUGGAAUGACGGGGCCAUCCUAGGUUUUGUGAAUAAGCAACAGGCCCACGACCUGCUCAUCAACAAGCCCGAUGGGACCUUCUUACUGCGCUUUAGCGACUCAGAAAUCGGGGGCAUCACCAUUGCCUGGAAGUUUGACUCUCCUGACCGCAACCUGUGGAACCUGAAGCCGUUCACCACGCGGGAUUUCUCCAUCCGGUCCCUGGCCGACCGGCUGGGCGACCUGAGCUAUCUUAUCUACGUGUUUCCCGACCGGCCCAAGGAUGAGGUCUUCGCCAAGUACUACACGCCUGUGCUCGUUCCCCCCUCGGCAGCUAAAGCCGUGGACGGAUACGUGAAGCCACAGAUCAAGCAAGUGGUCCCUGAGUUUGUGACGUCUGCAGACUCUGCUGGGGGCAAUGCCACCUACAUAGAACAGGCCCCCUCCCCGGCUGUGGGUCCCCAGGCUCAUUACAACAUGUACCCACAGAAUCCUGACCCCGUCCUUGAGCAGGAUGUAGAAUUUGACCUGGACGAGACCAUGGAUGUAGCCCGGCACGUGGAGGAACUCCUACGCCGCCCGAUUGACAGUCUGGACCCCCGCCUGUCCCCACCUACCGGGCUCUUCAGCUCUACCAGAGGCUCGCUCUCCUGAUGUGUGAACCCCACACUUCUUGGAAACAAUACCCGUGCAAAGGGUUCAUAUUAAUUGUGAUUUUCGUGUUGCUGUGCAUAUUGGUGCCCUUGCAGGGCACCGUGUAUAUUUGUGUGCGAGGUGCGCCACCUCGCCUUCGCAGUCCUAGGUGUGUGGCUGCUGCCCGGGCAGCCGCCGUUUUCUCCAGAUCGAGGUAUUUCAGGAGAGUCCCCGGGCCCGUCUCUGCGGUGGGAGAGACUGAGCUGCUUCGGUCGCGCCAGGUACUCAGUGCAGGAAGCCGCCUCCUGCUGGGGCCUCCAUCUGCUCAGCAGCUAUUUGAAUGAAACUGUUCAAGGAGGGGAAUAGAGACAGGCAGCAUCUCUAAGCUUUACUCCUGACUUAGAAGCUUUGCCUCCCAAGUGUGUGUGUGCGCGCGCACAUAUAUGUGCAUCUGCUCUCAUGCACGCGUGUUGGUCUAUUGCUUCUUCCCUUGGAAGGGAGGUUGGGGAUGAACAUGGACUCCAGACUUUUUGUGAACUGAGAGCUUAUCUAGGUUGUGGCCAAGUCCCUCGACCUAGAUGGGUCAUUUGAGCCGGGCCCGCCAAAGCCGCUCUGAGUGUGUAAUUUCUUGGCCUCCUAUCCAGAGCGUGAUGCCAUUGCCAACGCUUCCCGCUCCUUCUCACCCAACAUCCCCACCCCUCCAUCUGGCCCCCGCCUCCUUUCCUUGCCUCUGUUGCUUAUAGGAGAGGUAGGAGAGGGGAAGACAGGUGUAGGACCUGGUAUGAACAGGGGACCCAGGACUUGUAGGGCUGACCCCUCUGAUCCUGGAAAUAACCUGCAUGGAGAAACAGCAGCAAAUCAGUGGGAUCUGGAGUGAGGGGUGAAAGCUGAUCUCUGCUUCCAAGCUGCUGGGAGGUGGAACCUGGAAGAGGCCUCAUCACAGUUGCAUAACCCGCUGUGGUGGGAGAAGGCCUGGCUCGCAACCUCGCUGGCUCCGCCCUCCCAGGCUAUCUGGCCUGCAGCCAGGGACAGCUGACAGUGGGAUAGUGGGAGCCCCAGGUUGAAACCUCUCUGAAGGCGCAGGGGGGUACGAGGGAGUCUUUUGUACUUUGUACAUAGGCCACACAUUUGUGAAAAGUGUUUUGAAAUAAAAUAUUUUUUUUUUUU